AGGUCACAAGAUUGCGCCAACCCUCACAUGGGCCUUAAAAAAAAACCCCUUCUGACACUGCAGUACUGAGAACGAAGCGCAUUAUGGGGGGAAGCUAGGAAGACACUUAAAGAUGAAGUGCCUAAUUCAAGGUCACACAGUGUCGGGAAUGGACCUCCAGAUUUCCUUACUGACUUGCGUUAUCUUAUGGAUACCUGAGUGAAUUCCACACCAUCCAUUUUAUAGAUGAAGCCACUGAGACAUGGAGCAACUGGCUGAGUAGUCACUGCUCCACCCCUGGAGCCUCACACAUAACUCGUCUCCUCUUACUCAGUGACCACAGGUGAGACAUGGUCUUGUAACACAGUGGUCAAGAAUGUGACUUUGGACCCAGCCUGCUGGGGGCUGAAUUCUGACUCAGCCAUUUGCUAACUGUGUGACCUUGGGUCACAAAGUUUUCCAUACUCCUUGAUGGAGGUGCUUAAACCUUAUCCAUCAGCAUUCUCAGACAGCACCUCUGGUUAGGGACAGUGUCGGACCAUCCGACAUCCCUGCACCCCCCAUGCUGUCACACAGACUCAGCCUCAGGUGGAUGGUUUCCUUAGAUGCUGGCUUUCUUUGGACCCUUGAUAUCAACCAGUUACUCUUUGGGGACCAGAUAUGCGGAGGGAAUGAAUGCCAGGGAAUCAGGAAACCACUAGGUCAGUUAUUUGAGCCACAGAACAACACUCAUCCCAGCAACUGGGAAGCCAUCUGCAGAAGGGGCUUCCUGGUCUUGCGUGUGGCUGGGCCAUGUCUCUGCAUGCACGUUUUUCAUGAUGCAAUCUUCUCAAAGAACCACCUGCUCUCAACACCUUCUCAGUGACUCCAUUUCUCCCUCCUCUGGGGUUCUGGAAUGCCACAAUGGCCCCACCUUAGCCAGGCAGCUGCGAUGAGAGGUGUUGACCCAACUACCUGUCCGCUGGCUCAUCGAAUCAGGUGGAAGGGGCUGGAGACAGCACAGUCUUGCAGUGUGGUUGGGGACCUGGGCCAUCCAGAGACAGGACUGUCCAAAGGCGGGGUACUGCUAGGAUUCCACCAGGCACUGGGUAAUGUAUGGCAUAGGGUGCUGGAAAGGGACAGGCUCUCGGCCAGGAAAAACAGCCUCAGAGCCACAGGUGUGCCAUCGAGUCUUCCUCCUUUCCCAUUCUUAAUCAAUCCUCUUUGGUGACAGCACACGGCCAGGCCUGGAGCUCAGCAGAGAGCCCUUGGGUCCCAGAGGAAGUUGUUCUGGGGGCUGCAGAUGAUCACAAAUGCCAGGUUUGUGAGCCCCAGACUCUGGUUCAUAGCAGGAGGUAGACUCGUGAAGAAACCACAAGAGCACACUGCGAAACACGCUUAACCCAGAGUGGGUGCUCUUGCUAGGGACAGGCAGAAGGCUCCAUGGAGUAACAUUUGAAUGGGGCCGUAAAAGCGGAUCCCUUCAAUAGCCCCUGCACCGCCCCAAGGCAGGCCUCCAGCCGUGGGACUCACAGAUCUCUGUAGAUGCCUGCAGGUCCUCCAGCACUACCCUUUACCUCCCAGUGCAGGGGCACCCAGUCAGAGCCCUCCAGGCCCCCACUACCGGCAUCACCAACAUGGUGGACAUUUUCCCUCUCAGAAUGAAAAGGGAGAGAAAUUCUGCCAUGAUCUUUCCAUAAAUGACCAGGUUGGGGAGUGGGAGAGGAAAGGCUGCAGCACCUGGGGGAAGGGGCCUUGGAAAGGUUCCUGGAAAUGGAGAGGGGCUGGACAGGCUGGAGACAAUGCUCGCGGAACCCAGGAUGGGCCCUCCCAGAGUAGGGCAGCUAGCCCCCUCCCUCUGCAUCAGGGGUGAUCAAUGAUGGAAAAUUACUGCAGCAAUUGAGCCCUUGUAAAAUGAUUGUGCAUGUGCGUGUUUGUGUGUGUGCGUGCGUGCGCUCACACGCGUGUCCUCACUCACUUAAAAAAGACCAUUUCUGCGCAUUCUUGAUUCUAGGACCCUCCUCUGCCUCCCUCUCCAGGAAAUCCCAUAGGACCCCAUACCUGAUUGAGAACGUGUGAGAGACACUUCCCAGUGCCUGACACGUGGUGGGAGCUCAGCUCAGCACAUGUAAACUCCUUUCCUCUGACCACUCAAAGUGGCCACCUGUGGGGCAGGCCAACAGGGGCUUCCCCAGUCUCAGAGCUGAUGGGCAUCUGGUCCCUGCCUCCCCCUUCCUUCUCUGGCUGAUGACAAAUACCUGAAUGUCAUCACAUCCUCUGUGUCCUCAUCUGUUAUUCUCGGACACAGGCAGGGGAGGGUAUGGAGUAGUCCCCCUUCAGCAGAGGCCGGCCUUUCUUGGGAUGUGGGCUGGCUGGUGUUGGUCCGAGGAUGGAUGCUGAGGGUGAGGCACUCAUCCUGCUAGUCCGGGCUGGAUGUUGGCAGGAGGGUGGGGCGAGGAGGGGCGGAGCUUCCAGAACAAAGGAGAAUAGGGAGCCCAGGAGCCAGCAUCAAAAAGGCUCUGCAGAGCCCGAGCAGCCCACAGCACUGCCUGCCUCUGCCCCAGCCGUGAGCAGCCCACAGCACUGCCUGCCUCUGCCCCAAGGCGCCUGCUCCCUCCUGCUUGCCCAAGGCCGGGCAAGUCAGCUCCACUCUGCUUCGAGAGGCCCUGUUUUCCAGCGUGAUUGCGCCGACACUGCUCUGUGGCUUUCUCUUCUUGGCGUGGGUUGCUGCUGAAGUUCCAGAGGAGAGCAGCGGGAUGGCUGGGAGUGGAGCCAGGAGUGAGGAAGGCCGCCGGCAGCAUGCCUUCAUCCCAGAACCUUUCGAUGGAGCCAAUAUCGUCCCAAACCUCUGGCUGCGACGCUUUGAAGUCAUCAACGACCUCAACCAUUGGGACCAUAUCACCAAGCUAAGGUUCCUGAAAGAGUCCCUCAGAGGAAAGGCCCUGGAUGUCUACAAUGGGCUCGGUCCCCAGGACCAAGGGGACUAUGAGAUUGUGAAAGAGACCCUCUUGAAGGCCUUCGGGCUCCCUGGGGCCGCCCCCAGCCACCUGCCCAAAGAGAUCGUCUUUGCCUACAGCAUGGGUAAGGGCUACUAUCUCAAGGGGAAGAUUGGCAAAGUUCCUGUGAGGUUCCUGGUGGACUCUGGGGCCCAGGUCUCUGUGGUCCACCCGAGCUUGUGGGAGGAGGUCACCGAUGGCGAUCUGGACACCCUGCGGCCCUUUGAGAACGUGGUGAAGGUGGCCAACGGUGCCGAAAUGAAGAUCCUGGGUGUCUGGGAUACAGCGGUGUCCCUAGGCAAGCUGAAACUGAAGGCACAGUUCCUAGUGGCCAACGCCAGUGCUGAGGAAGCCAUCAUCGGCACCGAUGUGCUCCAGGACCACAACGCUGUCCUGGACUUUGAGCACCGCACCUGCACCCUGAAAGGGAAGAAGUUCCGCCUGCUGCCUGUGGGAGGGUCGCUGGAAGAUGAGUUUGACCUGGAGCUCAUAGAGGAGGAACCCUCCUCAGAAGAGCGGCAAGAGCUCUCCCACUGAGAAGCCUCCUUUUCUUUACCCUCCUAAAUAUUGGUGGGAAGACCCACUGGGGGGGGGGCACAUAUCCUCAGGGGGGUCACUGGGUUUGGCCAAUCCACUGUAUCAACUCUUGCCCUUCCCCCCGCCUCCCUCUGCAGGGGCCUUAAUCUGCCCCUGGUUGGGGAGGCUUCCACUGAACAGGCACAGGUGAGGGAGAGCAGGCUGGCUUUAGAGGGACAGGGUCCCCAUGGUCAUCAAGCUGCUACUGAUGCAAAAACUCAACGGCUGGAAGAGCUCCCAAGGAAGCUAAAAUGUUUGUCUUUGAAAGAACGGUGGGACCCCUCAGAUCCCCUGAGGUAUGGCUUGCUUACUCGCUGGUCCUCAAAGCCUGCUCAGCUGGGCUGGGUCCUGAGUGCAGGGUCUUGGUCAGGGUCACAGUCGCUCUGGGACACCUCCCUGAACAGCCUUUCCACCGGGACAAUGGUAUUUUCUUUCUGUCAUUUGCUUUGAAAUCCACUGUGCCUUGUGCCAAUAAUUCAAUUGCUGCAAACACCAAUAAAGAUUGAUUCCGGAGAAAA